UCUACGUCUCUUCAAUCAACUUGUCCUCGUUACCCUCUCUCCUCCCUGGCACUCUCCACCGCCUUGUCAGGAUUUUCACCAAUCUAUUCCCGGAGGAGGGAAGCAAACAUGGCGCCAAUCGCUGCGGCGCUCGUGAGAUCUCAAUCUCGCCUCUCCUCCUCCCUUUCCGCUGUAUCGAACCGCUACAGCUGCAUCUCCUUAUUCCCUUCCACGAACCCCACCGCUGGAUUCACUGCCUGUCUCCCUUCUCCGGCCGGUGCUCGUCACUUCCACGAUUGGAGAUUCCCUCUGAGUCACCGUGCCGCCGUUCGAUCCUCCGCCGCCGUCGCCGAUCGGUUUGAGCGCCGCUUCGCAACAGCGGCUACGCAGAACUCGUACGAGGGCAUCCUGACGCCGCUGGCGAAGCCCGGUGGCGGGGAGUUUGGGAAGUACUACAGCCUGCCUGCGCUCAAUGAUCCAAGGAUCGAUCGACUGCCAUUCUCGAUCAGGAUUCUGUUGGAAUCGGCGAUUAGGAACUGUGAUGAGUUUCAGGUGUCGGAGAAGGAUGUGGAGAAGAUUAUCGAGUGGGAGAGUUCUGCGCCGAAGCAGGUGGAGAUUCCGUUCAAGCCUGCGCGAGUUCUUCUUCAGGAUUUUACUGGCGUUCCAGCUGUUGUGGAUCUUGCAUGCAUGCGUGAUGCUAUGAACAAACUGGGGAGUGAUUCAAACAAAAUCAAUCCUUUAGUACCUGUGGAUCUUGUCAUUGAUCACUCAGUCCAGGUUGAUGUUGCCAGAUCAGAAAAUGCGGUCCAGGCAAAUAUGGAACUUGAAUUCCAACGCAAUAAGGAAAGAUUUGCAUUUUUGAAAUGGGGAUCAAAUGCAUUCCACAACAUGCUUGUUGUUCCACCAGGGUCUGGGAUAGUGCACCAGGUGAAUCUUGAAUAUCUUGGUCGUGUUGUUUUCAACAGUGGGGGGAUUCUUUAUCCAGACAGCGUGGUUGGGACUGACUCUCACACAACUAUGAUUGAUGGGUUAGGUGUUGCUGGCUGGGGAGUUGGCGGAAUAGAAGCUGAAGCUGCAAUGCUUGGUCAGCCAAUGAGUAUGGUGCUUCCUGGAGUUGUGGGAUUUAAGUUAUCGGGAAAACUUACGAAUGGUGUGACAGCUACUGACUUGGUCCUUACUGUAACACAAAUGCUUCGGAAGCAUGGUGUUGUUGGGAAGUUUGUUGAGUUCUAUGGUGAAGGCAUGAGUGAGCUACCACUGGCAGAUCGUGCUACUAUAGCAAACAUGUCACCUGAGUAUGGAGCUACCAUGGGAUUCUUUCCUGUGGAUCACGUUACACUGCAAUAUCUGAAGCUGACUGGCAGAAGUGAUGAAACUGUUGCAAUGAUAGAAUCAUACUUACGUGCCAAUAAAAUGUUUGUUGACCACAGUCAGGCCCAGGCUGAAAGAGUGUAUUCGUCAUAUUUAGAGCUGAAUCUGGAAGAAGUAGAGCCAUGCGUAUCUGGACCCAAAAGGCCGCAUGAUAGAGUACCCUUGAAGGAAAUGAAGGAAGAUUGGCAGUCCUGCUUAGACAACAAAUCAGGAUUUAAGGUGAGCUCUUUACAUUUGCUUCUACUUGCCUGAUAGUGCUGUGCUGAUUGAACAAAAUUUCUGAAAACUUCCCAUUGCACAAGCUACCAGACAUUUGCUUUCAAUUGUUUUAGUGAUCGCUACGGAAAAUUGUCAUCCUCGAAUUUUUAUUUUUUACUGGUAAAAGAUAUUGGAUAUUGUAGCGCACAAGUGACUAUCUCAUUUAAUUCUUUCAUGCUAUUUGCGCUAUUAGACAGCUGACACACAACUCUCCUUGGCCUAUUGGUUGUGAGCUAAGACUUCCAACUAAGAGGUCUAAGGUUCGAGUCUCUGUGUAUACGUUGUGUGUGAGAGUUUGCCUUAAAUGGCCUAAAUGUCCAAAAAAAAAAAAAAAAAAAGACAGCUGACAAGUUAAUGUUUUAAAAUUUGCGUCUAUGCUUAUACAGACAAUAAUUCCCUGUUUUAGUUUCUAAAUUUAUCUUUUUAUUUUUUUAUGCCGUUCUUUUAGAAGGAAAAUGAUGCGCAAUUAUUACUUUUUGGGCAAUGUAAUUUGGAUGGAUGCCCUUUAAGAAGUAUUUACCCGAAAUAUUCUCUUGAGUAUUUUAGGUCGUUUCUGUUCGAUUUAUUUCUUUUGUUUUGACUAUGUGAUUGCCGCUUUUGGGCACUCUCAUGUUUCGAUAGGUAGCUGUUAUGAAAUAUUUAAUUUUUUCUUAGGAAAUUUUAGGUUGUGGAUCCUGCGUGCAUUCGGGUCACUUGUUGGUGCCAUGCCAUGUUUCCUGUUGGUUGAGAAAGUGUGCAUGGUUAUGUACAAGUUCGGAAUUUUAAAUUGUGGUUUAUGGCUGAUGGGAUUAGGGUUUAUGAGCUUAAGUAUGUUUUGUUAUGGAUAAGAUUUUUGGGAUGUUUCCAAUUAUGGAUGAAAUUAAUUUUAGAUUUAAUUUAAACUUUGAUUAAACUGAUUGUGUGCUAAUAAUUUCUGUUAACUUAGUGGGUAAGGAGUCUAUGAAUAGAUAUUUUAGGAUACAUAAUUUUGAGCCUUUGACUGGAAUAAUUUUUUUUUCCAGUUUUAAUCUUGUGAGUCCAAGUUGAAUGUGUGGUUCCUUAAAUCCUGUACAAAUGUGACUACCUAAUUUCAGCGGAAGCUAUCUCCAUGCACCGACAUAACGCUUGAUUUCUCUUUGGUAUUUUUAUUCCUUGUUAUAUUUCUUCUAUAUUGAUAUUGAUUUGUUCAGUGAUCUUGAUUUAAUAUAAAAAUUUGUUAAUGCAGUUUGUGUAAUUUAAAUUCACUCGCUCAUUAUAGUUUUUGGAUUAUUGCAAUCAUUUCAUUAUCAGUUGGGUUGUGAUUCUAGUAUAUUUGCAUUUAAAAGAAUAAGUUGCUGAAUUAUUUUGUACUUGUGAUAUGUAGAUCCUCAAUUUUUUGUAUGCAUUUAUACACAUCAUAUUAAUUUCUUAUUUGCUACAUUAUUAUGUUCUUACCUCUUGAAUUUUUUAUCAAUCUUAUGUCGAUGAAAUCUAUUAAUAAAAUGAAUAAUUUAAAUAUUUAAAACUUUAAAGCCCAACAUAGGAUAGUUUGAAUUACUUAGCAUUUUAGAAUGUAGGGCUUUCAUACUUUUCAUUCUUUGACUCAUAAAAGGAAUUGUUCUAAAAUUAAACCAAUUUCAUUUGAAAUUUCAAAAGUACAUAAUUUUAUUUUGACUUGUUUAGUGUUCUUGAUUUUAAUUGAAAUAUUUACAUGUUAGAAUUCUAAUUUGUGGAAAUUAAAGUCAAUUACUUGCUAAUUUUACUUGUUUCUAAUUCCUGGUUGAAUUUAUUGGUUUAUUUCAAUCAUUUCAUUAUCAAUUGGGUUAUAAAAUUCUAGUAUCAUAUCUUUAUUUUUAAAGAAAACAAAUUGUUGUCUUAUUUGGUGCUUGUGAUAUAUAAAUCUUCAUUUUCCUUACAUCUAU